AUUAUCUAAUAACCUUUUAAUUUUCUUUAUACAAGAAAAACAAAUAAGAGAAGUGUACUUUUGAGAAGAAUAAAACAGUUUUUUAAUAUUUUGCAGCUCAAGAAUGCUAUCAUCACGUACUGUGAACUUGUACAAGGUGACUAUUUCAGGGUUCAACACAUACUUAUUAAGAAAUACAUUAGUCAGAAGAAACCCCUGUUGCACUCCUACAAUUCGAGAAUUGCUACAGUUCCCAGCAAGAUGUUUCAUCACCAAGGUUCAGACAUACAAAGACGAAGACAGUUUACUUGACAAAAUAAAAACAAAUUUGAAGUUAAUAAUGCACAGAAGUAAACUAGAAGCUGCAGGGUUCAUUCUUUAUGAAACAAUAGCAGAUAAAAUCGAUUAUGCACGUUUGUUUCAAGUACUAGACCUUCCUGACACGUUUUAUUCGUGGUAUGUGAUAACUGAGCUACAUGUCUGGAUGCUAAUAGCAAGGCUGAUGGCUGAAGGUGAGAGGGGCAAAUUUUUGAAGAAACGACUUAUCAACUGCUUUUGGAAUGAUGCUCAGAUGAGGUCAAAAAAACUGGGAGAAGUCAAUCCUGCAGGAAUCCGAGAGCAGUUACACAAUCUAUCUGAACAGUUUCUAGCUGCUCUGAUAGCCUACGAUGAGGGUCUUUUAUCUGAUGAUACAACAUUAGCAGCAGCUGUUUGGAGGAGGAUUUAUCAACUCCAGAAAGCCAAUCCAGAGAAUAUCGAAUACAUUGUGAAGUUUAUCAGAAGACAGAUGAAGCUGCUCGAUCUAUUAACAGAAGAGGACUUGAUUGAAAGAAAACACGUUAUAUGGGAAACUUCAAAAAUUAAAAAGCAAUCAUAGUUGAUAUAUAAGCUGCCAACUUCAAUUAUAAAUAAUUUGUUUUAUGUGAUUUAGUAUGUUUUAAAUGUACUAAAGAAAAAAAACUAAUUUUACUCUGAUUGUGAUCAUAUAAUAUAAAAUAAACUGCAAAUAAUAGUCUAAUUUUGAAGCAUUUCAAUUGCAAGAACAAAGAAAUUGUUUAAGCUGGUAAUUUAUCAUUAUUUCACCUAUCAAACAUCAUUAUUGCACUGUUUCAAGCAUCAUUGUUACUCCAAUCACUGAUUGGUUGUUGUAUUUGGUGCAUAUCAUUGUUAAACCUGCUAAACCUAAUUAUUGCACAUUUUAACUUCAUUUAAUUAGUGAUAUUUACUCCUGAAGUUAAUCAAUUGAUGUAUUUUAAACAUUUUACAACCUUUUGAAGUUUAUCGGACAGCAAUUUGUCUUUAUAAGUCUAUUUUAGUGAUAAUGUACAGUAAUAUUUUUCAUUCUACAAAUACUGUGCUUCAAAACACAAACGAAAAUAAAUUACAGUAAAAAUAAAUAGUUAUC